CCAGGUUUGGAGAUGGCUUGUACGAUUCCUACAUGAGAAUAGAUCAGAUUAGAUAUGCAGAUCCUACAAAUGAAGAAUGCACCCCUUCUGGACUUCCAUCACUGGGGAGACCUAAUUCCCAGGAUGUGCUCAUGAUGUGGGAGAGGGCCUGGUGACAACAACAGGCAUGCCCAGCUAGUAGCAUUGCCACCCACACAGGAGAGGUAAGUACAUGCAGAAAGGGAGGGGGAGGCCAGUGGCCAUGAACCCCCACAUGAAGGUAAGCUCUCUGUUGAUGAAUGGCAGGAACUGCACUCUAACCAUUGCUUGCCAAACACUCACGAUCCCUUUUGCAGUUGGGGGCAUGGAGCAGAACUAAACACUGCAACUGCCUACAAGAGAUCAGUAAGUAUUGUCUUGGUGAUCGCAAUCCACUCCCCAUUGGGGGUUGGGUGAAGGGAGACAGCACUCUCUCACACACACUUGAUCAAAAACACCAGGUGAGCAUUGUGGUUCAGGAACUAUGUGCUGCAGCUGCUGACCAUUGUUCUCUACUGUCUGUGUGCCCCUCCCUUGUCGCUCCAUAGUCUGACCUUGAACAGAAGCUGUAGCUUCUUACUCCCAGCAGCAUUGCAGACCAAGUGAAGCCUUCAGCAUUACCAGCCUCAGUAACCUGUAUGAUUCUGGCUGUUUCUCUGUGGGGUUGCCAAAUUUCACUUUUCCCAGUGCAUAAGUUGCAUUAUGGACAGUUGCACACUGUGGUGACAGAUGGCACUGCAGAGUAAACUGCACCUGCUAUCCUGUUGUCUUAUACAACUUUCAUAAAAGUCUGGCAACCCCAUCCACGUGUCUUGGAUGGUGUUUAGUAAAGUGCUUGCCUUUUGUUACAGCUGUCCAUUUGUUACUGGAGGUGAGCAGGUUGGGAUCAUUUCCACACCCCCUGAGUAUGUUCUGUCUUCUGCUAGCCUCAGGAAGGGACUUUAAAUGUAAAGGGUCUUUGGGGAAUUCUUUGCUAUCAGGUUUGAAGAGAUGCAACAUUUCCACCCACUUGCCGUUUUACCUCCAGGUAAAAGGCAGUCUCCUCUGCUCUCACAAGCAGCCUGGUUACCGCCACCGUGAUGAAUGAGGCAGGCAGUUUGGAGGUGGAGGAGAUAAUGAGCAGACCUGGGCAAACAAGCAUGAGGGAUGUUUGACUAGAUGGGACCAAUGAUACAAAAGGCAACCUACGUCAUCUGAAAGCCAGGCAAUUGACUCAUGCAACACUCCUCUGACACUGCACUGUUUUCCAGAGGAAGAUUGCAUCUUGGUUUUACCCUAGAAGCUCUUGCCUGUGAAAUUUGUGCUAUUCUGCUGGGUUAGGGCUCAUAGAAAGCUGCAUCAUACUCAGACCAUCUAGUUCAGUAUUGUCUAAGUGACUCUUCAGGGUUAUAUAUGAAGAAGAGUAGAAGAAGAGUUUGGAUUUGCUAUCCCGCUUUAUCACUACCCGAAGGAGUCUCAAAGUGGCUAACAAUCUCCUUUCCCCUCCUCCCCCACAACAGACACCCUGUGAGGUGGGUGGGGCUGAGAGACUUCAGAGAAGUGUGACUAGCCCAAGGUCACCCAGCAGCUGCAUGUGGAGGAGCGGAGACACGAACCUGGUUUCCCAGAUUACAAGUCUACUGCUCUUAAUCACUACACCACACCGGCUUGGAAUGGAACCAUUCCAAGCCCCAUAUAGAUAUGAGAAUUGAACCUUUAUCAUGUAAGCAUGCUCACUGUGAUAGGACCCUUUCCCUCAUGUACCCUCUUUGCCCUGGUAUGCACAGCUAGUAGCUCAGGAAGGACACGAUGACCACAGUCACAUGGAACACUAAACUAUAUUCUAGUGCUACAUGCACAAACCUCUCCAAGCUCAAGUAAAGCAUUGAGCUCAUGCACUCUCCCUCCUCCUGACACCAAGUUUGUUUUUUGCCAGUAAAGAAUCUUGGCUUAGCGUUUUGUACAAACCAAGGAUCCUGUUUUAAAACAAACCAUGGUUUGUCUCUAAGCAAGCCUCAUUAAAGCAUGUGUUAUGAUUCUGGCUUGGUUAGUAUGGUUAGUAUUUAGUAUAAUCUGAACAGGGUUGAUGCAAUGCAUCCUCCUGUGGCUAGGUUAUCAUCUGCUUAGUGGAGUGUACCAUGUACGUUCUAGUUCUACCUACUCCCACUUUUGUAUCUGACAUGCCUGUUGCAGGUACCAGUAAGACAUGCAAAAGGUGAGUCUGACCAUGUUUCUGCCAUCCCCUAGUAGGGCCCACUUCUUUUGUAUCCUGGAGCUCUAUGCUGUGAACCAUGACACUGUUUCUGCUGUCCUGCCCAUUCUCUCUUCCAUUUUGUAUUGGGGAGUCAGAAGGGUGAUUUUGUUAUAGGAUAAUAUACCCAUCUUUUCCCUCUAGAAGGAGUGCUCAAGCAGGCUUACCAUAUAUCUGGUGAACACACACAUUUUUUAUGCUGCUGUUGCAUGUCUCCAACUUUUGAUUUAAGAAUUGAUCUCAUUUAAGUUACACUGAUACAACAGCAAUAUAAGUGGUCACAAGUGUAUCUGAGACCAUAUGACUUUGUUUCAAUGUGUCAUGGCUUAAGGCUGCUAAAAAUAUAGCAUAACUGAAACAUCUUGCAAGCUGAAAAAAUAUAUUAUUUAAAUGUAUUGGUGUGAAGGAAGAUUACUGCAUGGAAAUGUUCACAAAAUAUUUACAUGAUUAGAAUACAGUAGCAUUAAUUUUGCAGAAUUGUGGACUCGAAUUUAAGGGGAAAUGUCAAUGAACUUUAAGUACAGCUCCUGUGGGGUCUGGGGGAAAGAGUAUUUUGCCCUAAGAAUUCAAACUCUUAUCGAGAGUUAAUCUUGAAUAAAUUAACACUAUGGGAUACAGUCAUAACUCGUAUUGCAAAAGACGCAUGUUGCGUCUUUUCGGCUUGCGAACGCGGCAAAAACUUCCGGGUUUUGCCACGUGCAGAAGCGUUCUACGUGCUUCGCACAUGAGUAGAAGCGCUCUAUCAUGCUCUGCGGUUGCACAGAAGCGCCGCUCUAGUUGUGGGCUUUUCACGGUGUGAACGGCACCCCGGAACGGAUCGUGUCCGCAGCUAGAGCUACCGCUGUACAGUUGUAUGUAGUUCUGCAAGUGCCUCACCAAAGACUCCUGACCGAGCUUAGCAGUCAUGGAAUAAGAUAAGAGGCCCUCUUGUGGAUCAGUAACUGGUUAAGAAACAGGAAGCAGAGAGCAGGAAUAAAUGGACAGUUCUCCAAUGGCAAGAUGUAUCAAGUAGAGUACCCCCAGGAUCAGUAUUGUGCUUUUUAAUUGGUUCAUAAAUGAUUUAGAUUUAGGAUGGAGCCAAGUAAGCUGAUGAUACCAAAUUAUUCCAGGUGGUAAAAACAAUAAGGAACUGUGAAGAGCUCCAAAAUACUGUGUAAAUAGGCAAUAAAAUGGCAAAUGCAAUUAAAUGUUUUAAAAAGUGUAAAGUGAUGUACACCAUAUACAUGCUCAUGGGGUCAGAGCUUGAAGUGACUGAGCAGAAACAAAACAUUGGCAUAGUGGAGAGCUCAAUGAGAUGUCAACCCAGUUUGCAGCAGCUGUGAAAAAAGCGACAUGUGUUAGGAAUGCUUAGAAAAUGAAUUGAAGAUAAAACUGCGAGUAUCAUAAUGCUGUUAUACAAAUCUGUGGUGCAACUGCACUUGGAAUACUGUACACAGUGCUGUACUGUCACUGGAUCGGUGGAUAUGGCUUACCCAAAAUGGCCUGGCACACCUAAUUGGGACAACAGAAUGGAGGAUCCCCACCCCUGACGUAGACUAACAAUGUCUGUGUACAGUGGUACCUCCAGUUGCGCACGGAAUCUGUUCCGGAGCUCCGGUCGGAUCCCGAGGUGUGCGUAUCCGGAGGUGCCACUUCUAGGCAUGCGCGUGGCAUGGUUUAGUGCUUCUGCGCAUGCGCGCGCGGUGAAACCUGGAAAAAUACUUUCGGGUUUGCCACAUACGUAUCCCAAAGGUGAACGUAAGUAGAGGUACAACUGUACUUCCCAAGUAAUCUUAAACAAAGUAUUGUUGAAAAGUUAUCAUAGUUAAAUUUUGAUACUUUCUUUCGUUGAUAGUGUAUGAUGGGGCCCAUUUAGUCCCUGCGCCCCUUUUCUUCAGUGUACAGUAGUCUCAUAUUUGACAAGUUUGUCAAAAUAGAUUUUGUUUUGGAAAAUGCCUAGCCUUAUUCAGAGUACACAGUGCGUGUAAUAUGUGUGUCUGUUUUCAGGCUUUUCAUAAUAGAACGUUGGGCUUUUUCUGAAACCUGAAACAGACUUUUCUGUUCUUCAUUUUGUAAUAUAUUAAAAGUAUUUUUCUAGGUCUUCUGGAUUUUUAUUGGUUAACUUACUUUGCAUAAUAAUUGUGUUCCAGUAGAUGAGAUAUAGCAGUUAAGCAGAGGGCUAAUUUGGCUGCUAAUUACAGUCUUAAAACGUGUGUUUUAAGGGGCCCUUGAGCUCCACUAUCAUGUUUGGAUGCCUUUUUGACAGUUCUGAAAACAACAGAAGCAGACAUGCUUUUUAUUGUAGCUUGUUCAGGAGAGAUGAGAAAUGUUACCUGUAGGGCACUGUGCUAAGAAAUGGGUGGAUGUUAAAAGGAUAUUAAUACUUUAUAGGGGAUGCGGGUAGCGCUGUGGUCUAAACCACUGAGCCUUGGGCUUACUGAUCAGAAGGUCGGUGGUUCAAAUCCCCAUGACGGAGUGAGCUCCUGUGCUCGGUUCCUGCUCCUGCCAAUCUAGCAGUUCGAAAGCAUGAAGUGCAAGUAGAUAAAUAGGUACUGCUCUGGCGGGAAGGUAAACAGCAUUUCUGUGUGCUGCUCUGGUUUGCCAGAAGCGACUUAGUCAUGCUGGUCACAUGACCUGGAAGCUGUCUGCAGACAAACGCCAGCUCUCUCGGCCUAUAGAGUGAGAUGAGGGCCGCAACCCCAGAGUCGUUCACAACUGGACCUAACGGUCAGGGGUAUCUUUACUUUUAAUACUUUAUAGAAGUUGAAAUUCUUUGUUAUUUCCUUUAUAAUUUUCCCCACCAGCAGGAAAUGACUGAGUAAUGGGAACUGGGCAAAGAGUGGGAUAGCUGUUUCAAUUCUAGUACAUUAAAUGGUUGCUUGAUGUCGGGAGGCCCAGGUCCAUACUCAGAGCAGUGCAGAGAAAUGAGAGAGAGAGCUUUCUCAAGCUAAUGUCUUCCUGUGGGAGUUUGUUGCAAGCCUGUGUGUGUGUUGUCACUGUGUUCGUACAAAAGACUAACCAUUAGUCCUUGGCUCUUAAAAACCAAUCAAACCAAACCCAAAUAGUUUUCUAACUUUCUUCUUAUCAGCAUGACCUCAGUUUAUUUCCUUGUAGGAUCACUGUCAAAAUAGAGAAUGUGUUGUGAAACAAAAUACUGCCCUAGGAGGUAUGAGGCUUAAUCAUACCAUGCAUUUCUUUCAGAGCAAGAUAAUGGGGAAAGAGCUAUGUCAUGGAAUCAGGUGGUCAGUGGCUGGGAGUUUGCUUUCUUUUGGAAGGGAGGAGGCUUUCCUAGGCAAUAUAGAUAGCCAAUACGAAGAAGGAUGUAGCAGGGAAUUCACCUCAAACAUGUAUGUCCAUUUACAUGCUUUGGGAAAAUAGCUGUGGAAAACUAACUUGAUCAUGGUCCUCUGAUGUUUGCAAAAUAUGUGAUUUUGAUCAUGGAAAGGAAGUUAGGUGCUGAGGUUGGAUUUGUAGGGAGAGAUGGCAUUUCUAUGCCAAGUAAAUAUGUUUGUUUAUGGAAAAGUGGUUAUCACUCUAUAUUAAAUUUCUCUCUACAAAUCCUGUUUGGUUUUUUGAGCCAUUAAAACAAUGCUUCUCUGACACUUGCCAAGUUUUAUAUUUUUGAGCAUGAAAGCUGGAAACUUGGGUUUACAGAACACAAAAGCUGAACUCAUUCAUUCCCAGCUUCCAAGUACUAUGGUUAGGCAUAUUACCCACCAUCCUUGGGGCAGAAGGGGCCAAGAAUCUUCCUCAUUUAUUGGUCAGAGGGAAGAAUUUGAAUCUCUUCACCUUUAAGUGAUAGCAGAGUGUCUUUUUCAGACAUGUGCCUCUUUGUUAUGGUGUUAAAAGCAUCAGUUUUUAAAUGCUAUACUUAUUUACCUUUUUAUUUCAAGGUGUGACCUUUUAGGUUACAGAUAAACAUAGUAUGCUGUACAAAAUUGCAGCUCACUAAGGUUCAAUUCCAGUUUGCUUUUCUUAUAUUGGCUCCUUAAUUUUACUGUAAAUGAAGAGAAGAAUCUGGAAUUCAUCAGGCAAGCGGUGGAUUGGAAAGCAGACAUUUCUGGAUUUCUUACGGAGUUACAGAGAAUUGGUGUCAUUUUGAAUUAUUUGCUGCAAGUGGCCUUCUUAUUCAGAAUUUUACACUGUCUGUCAUUCUUUCUCUGCAGUUCAGCCAUAAGCCCAGCGAAGAAUGUGUUACUAAAAUGCUAAUUCUCUGGAUCAUAUUUUCUAUGAGUUCCUGGAAAGGUAACUACUAACCCAAUCACAAUGAAGGACCAUCCUCUGACAGGGAGCCAAGUCAAAGUGGAGCAGUUAUUUGAAGACUCUGGCAACAGAAGAAGCAGUACUCUCCAGUCUUCAGGAGUAAAUGGCUCUGAGAGGCCUUUUCCAACUCCAGCAAAAGACAAAAGCGUUGAUAGCAUAAGUACCAACAAAAAUAGUGGCAGCUUGACAAAAGCACACAAAACCGGAAGUCAGUCCCCAGAACAAGCACUGAAGCAAUACAAACAGCAGUUGUCAGUCUAUGAGCAGCAUGAAAUACUGAACUUUCCUGAAAUUUAUUUUGUAGGUGCAAAUGCAAAGAAAAGGCAAGGAGUCAUUGGAGGUCCAAACAAUAGUGGAUAUGAUGAUGAACAAGGCAGCUACAUUCACGUGCCUCACGACCAUCUUGCCUACCGAUAUGAAGUACUAAAAAUAAUUGGAAAAGGCAGUUUUGGCCAAGUAGCUAAAGUUUAUGACCACAAAAACCACCAGCAUUUGGCCUUAAAGAUGGUACGUAAUGAAAAGAGGUUUCACCGGCAAGCAGCAGAAGAAAUACGGAUCUUGGAGCAUCUCAAAAAACAGGAUAAAACUGGCGGCAUGAAUGUUAUUCACAUGCUGGAGAGUUUUACCUUUAGGAAUCACAUAUGUAUGACCUUUGAACUCCUGAGUAUGAAUCUCUAUGAGCUGAUCAAAAGAAACAAAUUUCAAGGCUUCAGUGUGCAGCUGGUACGAAAGUUUGCCCACUCUAUACUGCAAUGUUUGGAGGCUCUUUAUAAAAACAAAAUCAUACAUUGUGACUUGAAACCUGAAAAUAUUCUUCUAAAACAACAAGGGCGGAGUGGAAUCAAAGUGAUUGAUUUUGGAUCCAGCUGUUUUGAGCACCAAAGAGUCUACACUUACAUACAGUCUCGAUUCUACAGAGCCCCAGAAGUCAUUUUGGGAAGCCGUUAUGGGAUGCCCAUAGAUAUGUGGAGUUUUGGCUGUAUUCUUGUGGAACUGUUGACUGGUUACCCUCUCUUUCCUGGGGAGGAUGAAGGCGAUCAGCUAGCUUGUAUGAUGGAGCUCCUUGGAAUGCCCCCACAGAAGCUGCUGGACCAGUCCAAGCGAGCCAAAAACUUCAUCAAUUCAAAAGGCCAUCCUCGUUACUGCACUGUAACGACACAGGCAGAUGGGAAAAUGACUCUUAAUGGCAGCAGAUCACGUAGGGGGAAAAUGCGUGGUGCUCCAGGCAACAAGGACUGGGUCACAGCAUUAAAAGGCUGUGAUGACCCCCUGUUUAUAGAAUUCCUGAAAGAAUGUCUUAAUUGGGAUCCUUCUGCACGGAUGACUCCUACCCAAGCUUUGAAACAUCCUUGGAUUUGUAAACGAGUACCUAAGCCACCCUGCAUGGAUAAAACAUCAGGCAAACGGAUUGCUCAUUAUACAAGCUCUUUCCCAGGGAUAGGUUCCAGAUUACCCCCAGUUGUUGGGGUAGCCAACAAACUACGAGCUAAUCUAAUGUCUGACUCAAAUGCCAAUAUACCUCUAUGCACUGUGCUACCAAAAUUGGUCAGCUAAUAGAGAAUUACAUAUUCCCAGAGUACAUAUGCUGUGUUUUUAAUUAUAUCCUCGAAAUAUAAAAAGAUAACAGAAUGCGCAGAGGUCUUGAAAAAAAAGAGAGAAAAGAAAUGGAUUUUUAUUGAACACUAAAUCUUGUAUAAACACCCCCCCCCCGAAUCAAAACAUAAGCAUUUUAAGGGCUAUGAUUGUUUUAUCAAGUUGUUUCAGCUAGAAUGUGGUGCUUGUUA